CUCGCUAGUGUCAUGGAGGUAACAUGGCCGAGGAGACGCGCCUAGUCCGCGUUGAGGAGAGGCUCAAGAUCAAGAUCGGGGAGGCCAAAAAUCUUCAGAGUCGAAGUCAUGGAUCGCCCGGUGCGAGGGACGUUUAUUGUGCGCUCUCCCUCGACCAGGAGGAAAUAUUCCGCACCACCACGAUGGAAAGAACUCUUAAUCCAUUCUUCGGGGAGGAGUUUCAGUUCGAGGUGCCCAGGAAGUUCCGGUACCUCGGGAUCUACGUCUACGACCGGGAUCGGCACCUGAAGCAGGACAAGAUAUUGGGGAAGGUCGCGAUAAAGAGGGAAGAUCUCGCGACCUACCACAACAAGGAGCACUGGUUUCCUCUGCGACCGGUCGAUGCCGACUCCGAGGUGCAGGGCAAGGCUCACCUGGAGCUCGCCCUGCAGCCCCAAGUCGGUCAUGCUCAACCUAAAUUGACCGUAAGGGUCAUAGAAUGUAGUGAAUUAACCAUUAAGAACGGUGGCUGUGAUCCCUUUGCGACUGUGACCGUCAUCUAUAGUAAUGGGAAACAAAUAUCGAAGCGCACAAAGGUCAAGAAGAAGACGGUGUCUCCGUACUUUAACGAGACGUUCGUGUUCGAGCCCGAGCUGACGGAGGCCAAGGACAAAGACGUAACUCACUAUUCCAUCGACGGUGGGGAAAUUGGUGAGGUGGUCGUUGGUCUUUGGCAUGCUUCUCCGGGAAUGGGGGAACAUCCUGCAUUCCUCGGCGAGGUUCGCGUUACCCUCAGGGGACUGCAGAAGCAACCGACCAGCACCACGACGGCAUGGUAUUUUUUACAACCCAGAGCUCCGAAGCACCGGCCCAGCAAGAUUUCCAACAAUUCGACACCUCCAGGAACACUGCCAGGUCUGGGUUCGCUACGCCUCAAGAUACAUUAUACAGCUGACAAUGUUUUCCCUUCGGAGAUGUAUGACAGGCUGCGCAGUCUGUUGCUGCAAAGCGUUAACAUUCAGCCGAUAACGUCGUCGGCCGUUUAUAUUUUGGGGGAGAUUGUCGCCAGCAAGAUGGAGGCUGCGCAGCCUCUGGUCAGAGUGCUGGUCCAUCAUGGACAACUGGUAUCCGUAAUGAGAGCUUUGGCCAGUCACGAAAUUUCAAAGCUUACGGAUCCUACGACAAUCUUUCGGGGCAACACGCUAGUGAGUAAAAUGAUGGACGAGGGCAUGCGAUUGGCGGGUCUUCACUACUUGCACAGUACCCUGCGACCUGCCAUGGAGCAAGUCUUUCUGGACAAAAAGCCCUGCGAGAUCGACCCAACUAGGGUGAAAGAUGCGAACACGAUUCAGACUAACUUGACGAACCUGAAAGAGUACGUCGAAAGAGUAUUUACAGCAAUAACCACGUCAGGUGUGAGAUGUCCUCCGUUGAUGUGUGAGAUGUUCUGGUGCCUGCGAGAACUCGCUGCGACACACUUCCCAAAAAAUAAGGAGGUUCGAUACUCCGUCAUCAGUGGGUUCAUAUUUCUACGGUUCUUUGCACCAGCAAUACUCGGUCCAAGACUGUUUGACAUUACCACCGAACAAAUAGACUCUCAGACGAACAGGACUUUAACGUUAAUUUCAAAGACAAUCCAAAGUUUAGGGAAUCUGGUGAGUUGUCGAGGAGGUGCCGGUAGUGUUUGCAAAGAGGAGUACAUGGAGUGUGUAUAUAGAGAAUUUUAUACCGAAAGGCACAUUCAAGCGGUGAAGCAGUUCUUGGAACUUGUAUCGACUAGCAGUGGUAGCGGGACUACGAAGCAACGUCCAACUACUUUGCAAGAACAACCGGUAGUGCUUAAGGAAGGAGUUAUGAUAAAAAGAGCACAGGGUCGGAAAAGAUUCGGGCGGAAGAACUUCAAACAGAGAUACUUCAGACUGACUACGCAAGACCUAACGUACUCGAAAACCAAAGGGAAGGAACCCUUGUGCAAGAUUCCGCUCGAGGAGAUCUUGGCUGUGGAAAGGUUACACGAGGACUCGUUCAAGAUGAAGAACAUGUUCCAAAUCGUGCAGCCGCAGAGAGCGUUAUACGUGCAGGCCAGCAACUGCGUGGAGGAGAAAGAGUGGAUCGACAUCCUGACGAAGAUCUGCCACACGAAUUGCAACCGAUUAGCAAAGUAUCAUCCAAGUGCCUACAUAAACGGACACUGGCUGUGCUGUCGAGCGGGGGCCGAAGUCGCACCAGGGUGCAGCGAGGUCUCGCCAGGAAUAGAGGCGGGUCUAAGGAUGGUCCUGGACCCAGACCGAGACUUACAGAGGAUCCACUCGCUGAUCUUCACGAACAUGUCGCGGCUGGAAACCCUGAUGAGCGCGUGCGAGUGCCAGGCGGUUUAUGGUGCCAGCGAGAUGUGCGUUCUGCCAAGUGGAGGCUCCCCGAUCGAGGACGUUCCCUCUUGCUUCAAGACCUUAAACGCCCUGAGGGAGGCCGCGUUCGCGUUGCAGCACGAGCACAGAGCCUACUUCAGGAGGCUGGCUCGCGAUACCAAAUACGGCAGCAAGCAGGCGCCCAUCGGCGACGACAACUACCUCCACCUAGCAGCCCGGGCGGGCUUCGAGGGUCAUCCUAAACUGGCACACGAGUCUGAGAACCUGGGCCAACGUCGGGUAGUCUCGGACACCGGGAACUGCUACGACGGAGGCGUCGUCUCGAGGCGGAUCGAGGAUCGCGGUUACGAGGACCACUCGCUCCGCAAGUGCCUCGACCCGGACUCGAUAAGCCGGAGGUACGAGAACGAGUCGUCGAGCCUGGUCAGGAGGUACGAGAGCAACGCCGAGACCCUAAGGAGCAUUCAGAGCGACCUGAGGAGGUUCGACCGCAGCCUGAACAAUACCCUGAGGUCGGAGAGGUCCGAGAGGAACGGCAACGAGAACCUGGAGAACCACAGGAGGCUCGAGGGCUGCGGGUCGCUCGCCUCGGAGGGCCUGUGCGCGACCCUCUCGAGGAAGCUGAGCGACUACGAGGACAGUGGGAAACUCGACGAGGGUACCCUCACCAGGAGGAUCAGGGACGAUGCCUCGGACAUCUCCUCGAACUCGCUAACCGGCCGUGCCAACCACUGAGAUUAGUUUCUUCUCGGGCUGGAGCUCGAAGGACUCUCAGGGUCCUCCUUCGGGGCGGGAGGACGCUCGGGGGCGAACUCUUUAAAAUCGGAACUCGACGACCGUUGACGGAGAAAAGGAAUUCCGUGAGAUUAGAAGAAACUCCCGGAGGCCUUCUCCCGCCUCUGCAGCCGAUGUCGCUCCGAGCGACCGGAGGACGGCCGUACUUUCGAGCUCCUCUUCUAACGUUACGCGGUAUUUAGAGGGAAGGAAAGGAAAAGAACUUUGUACGUAACGAGUUUCGUUAGAUCCUAAGUAUAUGGGAAAGCGAGUGGUCUCUUGUCGGGUCGCUUUCCCUUCCCAUGGAUCCGGGGAUCGCCCCACGGUCUGAGAUUAGGGGUCGACCGGGCGCGGAUAUCCAUCGAGAGAUCGGCGUAGCUCGGAAGUGUAUCACAUACACUUUCGACGUGUCCGACCGCAAAACGGAGCGAGGAACGCUCUCGGAAUGGAAAUCUCUAUCUUUAUUUAUUUAUUUAUUUUUUUAAUCGACUUUGAGGGCGCGCAACACCGACCAUUCCGAAGGAGUCGCGUCGUUGUAACCGCACCGGACUGCAAUCUCGUUUAUCCUCAAAACCUGUGCUCUGUACAAAAGUCUACGACGUGUCUUGAGAAAUCGUCGCGAUCUUUUACGCGAGGUGUCUUGCUAUAACACAGCGUUCGCAACGUUUUCGUCCCUUACGGGUAAUUAUCCAUUUUAACUAGCGCUUGCGACGACGCCCAUAGAACUCGGUGUAAUCUUAGCUAACACCCUGCCUUUAGUUAUCUCUCGAGGUUGUCCCGAUUUUAUCUUCGCUUAGCUCGUAAAAUGCCUGCCUCUUCGUUCCUCCAUCCGCGAACGGUGGCGCUGAGUUCGCCCAACGUCCAGGGAGGUGUUAUCAGUGCCGAAUUAAUAUCGACACGACCUGUAGGAAAUGUAUAUUUUUUAACGGGGUCAAAAGGUUAGAUAUCUUCGAAAUUUAACGUAGAUGCCCUUGGACGCGGAAUAUCUCCAUACGUUUAUAUCAUUUCACCGAAUCAAUGGAAACGAUCGGCGACUCUUCCAAUCGCGUCGCUUUGACAUUGCUCAAUGGGGGG